AUGCAUCCCCCUGGGCGCCGCCGUGUCCCGAGCCGGCGCGGCCUCAGCGCUGACCCGCGGCCCCGGUGCCCGCAGCUGGCGGGCAGCCGCUCCGAGAAGGGCUCGGGCUGGUCGAGCCGCUCGCUCGGCGCCCGCUGCCGCAACUCGCUGGCCGCCGGCGCCGACGAGCAGCCCCACAUCGGCAACUACCGCCUGCUGCGCACCAUCGGCAAGGGCAACUUCGCCAAGGUCAAGCUGGCGCGCCACAUCCUCACCGGGCGCGAGGUGGCCAUAAAAAUCAUCGACAAGACGCAGCUGAACCCAACCAGCCUGCAGAAGCUCUUCCGGGAAGUGCGGAUCAUGAAGGGGCUCAAUCACCCCAACAUCGUGAAGCUCUUCGAGGUCAUUGAGACGGAGAAGACGCUCUACCUGGUGAUGGAGUACGCGAGCGCCGGGGAGGUCUUCGACUACCUGGUGUCCCACGGGAGGAUGAAGGAGAAGGAGGCGCGGGCCAAGUUCCGACAGAUCGUCUCGGCCGUGCACUACUGCCACCAGAAGAACAUCGUGCACCGGGACCUGAAGGCCGAGAACCUGCUGCUCGACGCCGACGCCAACAUCAAGAUCGCCGACUUCGGCUUCUCCAACGAGUUCACGCUGGGCUCCAAGCUGGACACGUUCUGCGGCUCGCCGCCCUACGCGGCGCCCGAGCUCUUCCAGGGCAAGAAGUACGACGGGCCCGAGGUGGACAUCUGGAGCCUGGGCGUCAUCCUCUACACGCUGGUCAGCGGCUCGCUGCCCUUCGACGGGCACAACCUCAAGGAGCUGCGGGAGCGGGUGCUGCGGGGCAAGUACCGGGUGCCCUUCUACAUGUCGACCGACUGCGAGAACAUCCUGCGCCGCUUCCUGGUGCUGAACCCGGCCAAGCGCUGCACCCUCGAGCAAAUCAUGAAGGACAAGUGGAUCAACAUCGGCUACGAGGGCGACGAGCUGAAGCCCUACAAGGAGCCCGAGGAGGACUUUGGGGACGCCAAGCGCAUCGAGGUGAUGGUGGGAAUGGGCUACAGCCGGGAGGAGAUCAAGGAGUCCCUGAGCAACCAGAAGUACAACGAGGUGACGGCCACCUACCUCCUGCUGGGCAGGAAGAACGAGGUGGAGGCGGGCGAGUCGCGCACGGGCAGCACCCUGUCCCUGGCCCGGGUGCGGGCGCCCAGCGAGGUGGCCAACGGCACGGGCAAGGUGGCCGCGCACGGCAAGGGCCAGCGCGGCGCCGGCACCUACCACCGGCAGCGGCGGCACAGCGACUUCUGGUGGGCGUCCCGUGUCCGUGGGGUGUGGAUCGUGGUGGACACCCAGUCUCAUGGCUAUGGGGGGCAGGUCAUGAUGGGCACCCAAGCCUAUCACCCAGUCAUGGUGGGCACCAAAUGCCAUGUCCACAGGAUGCAGGUCAUGGUGGGCACCCCUUCCUACAUCCAUGGGACGCAGGUCAUGGUGGGCACCCAAUGCCGUGUCCAUGGGAUGCAGGUCAUGGUGGGCACCCUUUCCUACAACCAUGGAGUGCAGGUCAUGGUGGACACCCAAUGCCAUGUCCAUAGGAUGUAG